UUGUUUCUGAAGUCUUUCAUGUAUUCGGUGACCCAGGCUGCUUGAACUGGGUGUCAUGUGGCGGAAAACAAUUGUGGGUUGUUGAUUUUGGUUUAACACUAGCUGACAUCCUGCCAGAUGAAAAGAAGAGGCGAGGGAAACCGGACCUGCCAGAUAACCCUAAACAAAUCGUCAUCCCCAACACAUCCAGGGAAAAGGAGGGACCAGAGCCCUGGCUCCUAAUGUCCUGCUGCUGCUGUGGACUACACAGGAUUUCUGCUGUCAUUUCAUACAGCUUUCAUAUUCGAUUGCUUGUGGAUUAUCGCGUUUGAGCUUUGGACGCAUGAGGUCAUGAAUUCGGCUGAACAGACCAUCACAUGGUUAAUAACGCUGGGUGUCCUGGAAUCACCCAAAAAGACACUAUCGGAUCCUGAAGGCUUUUUACAAGCAUCUCUCAGAGAUGGAGUGGUUUUGUGUAAACUACUGGAACGACUGCGACCCGGUACAGUUUAUACGAUCUAUCAGGACCCGAGGAAGGACGAGUGUUUGAGUAAUAUCAGAGAGUUUGUGAAAGGCUGUGCAUUAUAUCAAGUAGAGGUGUUUGAGGCCAAUGACUUGUUUCAGGGCCAGAACUUCUCCAAGGUCUUGAAUUGUUUGGUUGCACUCAACAAAGCAACUUCAGAGUCCGGUGGUGGGAGUAAUUCUGUGUGUUCUCGUCACUCGUCCUCUCUGCGGAUCAAGUCCUUUGACUCGUUCAACUGUUCGUCCAAUAACAGGAGAUCAUCCAGACACAAGAACAACCAGUACCGCAGUCUGGACAUGUCUGAAAACAGUGUCCCUCAGGUGCUGGUGAAAGCUAAGUUCAACUUCCAGCAGACCAAUGAGGAUGAGUUGUCCUUCAGUAAGGGUGACAUCAUCCAGGUGAUGCGGCAGGAAGAUGGCGGCUGGUGGGAGGGGUCUUUCAAUGGCAAGAGCGGCUGGUUUCCUAGUAACUAUGUCAAAGAGAUCAAAGGCUCUGACAAACCUGUGUCUCCCAAGUCUGGAACACUGAAGAGUCCGCCCAAGGGCCUUGAGACCACUAACUUUUGCAAGACUUACUAUAAUGUGGUGGUUCAGAAUAUUCUACAAACCGAGACCGAAUACUGUAAAGAGCUGCAGACUCUCCUCUCCACAUAUCUGAGAGCAUUGCAGCCCACCGACAGGCUCAGCGUGUCAGAUAUCAGUCACAUCAUGGGAAAUCUAGAGGAGAUCAGCUCUUUCCAGCAGACACUGGUGCACUCACUGGAGGAAAGCGUCAAAGUUCCAGAUAGUCAGCAGAGAAUAGGAGGCUUCUUCCUGUCCCUCAUUCCUCAGAUGAAGGGUCUGUACGUGACUUACUGCUCCAACCAUCCAUCUGCGGUUAACGUUCUUACACAACACAGUGAGGAACUAGGAGAGUUUAUGGAAAGUAAAGGUGCGAACACCCCUGGAAUCCUCACACUCACCACAGGCCUGAGCAAACCCUUCCUGAGACUGGAGAAAUACCCCACUCUACUGAAAGAGAUGGAGCGGCACAUGGAGGCGCUUCAUCCUGAUUAUCCAGACAUUCAGAAGAGCAUGACAGUGUUUAAAAAUCUCUCGGCCCAGUGUCAGGAAGUGAGGAAGAGGAAGGAGCUUGAGCUGCAGAUUCUGAUGGAGUCUAUUCGGGGCUGGGAAGGGGAGGGCAUUAAGACCCUGGGCUCGGUUCUCUACAUGUCUCAAGUCCUCAUCCAGAACCACGGCGCUGAGGAGAAAAACGAGCGAUACCUCCUGCUGUUUCCUCACAUUCUUCUCAUGUUGUCUGCCAGUCCUCGAAUGAGUGGUUUCAUUUACCAGGGGAAGCUUCCUCUGACUGGAAUGGCUGUUAAUAAAAUAGAGGACAGUGACACCACAAAAAAUGCUUUUGAAAUAUCUGGAAGUAUGAUCGAGCGGAUCCAGGUAAUCUGUAAUAACCAGCAAGAUCUUCAGGACUGGGUGGAUCAUCUACACCGGCAGACCAAACGCACUUCAACCAGCAACUUGAAACCACAGAAUGUCCCCUGCCAUACGCUGCCGUCUCACCCUCUCACCCCGUCCAGACACUCAGAGAUUCGCAGUACAAGCGGAUCUCCAGUCUACCACACUCUUCCUCAUCUCUCUUCACUUGGAACUCCUCACAGUGGGAUGAUGUGGGGGCCCCUUGAACCCCCCAAAACCCAGAAGCCCUGGAGUCUCAGCUGCCUCCGACCUGCACCACCCCUAAAACCCUCAGCCGCAUUGUGUUACAAAGAGGAUCUCAGUAAAAGUCCCAAAAGCAUGAAGAAGCUUCUGCCCAAAAGAAAAUCUGAGAGGAAGCCAUCUGAUGAGGAAUUUGCUGUGAGAAAAAGCACUGUAGCUCUGGAGGAGGAUGCUCAGAUCCUGAAAGUGAUCGAAGCAUACUGCACAAGCGCUAAAACACGGCAAACACUCAACUCAACAUGGCAGGGCACUGAUUUGAUGCAUAAUCAUGUGCUGGCUGAUGUUGGCCAAUCGUAUGUGGAUGCUGUGGGUUGUCGUAGCAGCGGAUUUCCCUCUGACCAAUCCGAAGACUCGGACUAUGACACUAUAUGGAUAACUCACACUAACAGAAUUGGUUCUAUGUCCCGAUCAAGGAAGGAUCCAGGCCCACAUAUGCUUUUUCCUGAGGAGGAGAAGAUCAUUGUGGAAGAGACAAAGAGCAAUGGUCAAACCGUACUCGAAGAAAGGAGUCUGGUGGAUACAGUUUAUGCCUUAAGGGAUGAGGUUCAAGAACUUAAGCAGGAUAACAAGAGAAUGAAGCGAACUCUUGAAGAAGAACAAAAGGCACGGAAAGAGCUGGAGAAGAUUGUCAGGAAAGUGUUAAAGAGUAUGAACGACCCGUCCUGGGACGAGACUAAUUUGUGAUCCCAUCU